AACUCCGCCCGACCUAUAACAAUUAAUGUCAACCUUCGAUUGAAUAGGAAUGAGUAGCGCGGCAGAGAAUGGAGCCUCCGCCUCCCCAAGGAAUGACUCGACCGAGUCGGACUCAGGAACGAGUCCAGCUCUCAGAUGGUAAGCGCUCGGGAGUUAUAGUAGAGAAUAGCCACCGUGAGAAGCUUGUGGGAAUAUUGCAUGAAACGGGUUCAGAGGAGCUUGUUAUCAUCUGCCAUGGAUUUCAAUCCUCAAAGGAACGCAUCCCCAUGGUGUACCUUGCUUCUGCUUUUGAAGGAGAAGGGAUUAGUUCUUUCCGCUUUGACUUUGCUGGUAAUGGGUAAGCCGAUUGAUAUGAAAGAAAUUAGUUUCUCGCAAUCCUGAUCUUGCAAAUUUUGUUUUCUUUGAAACUCAUUUUUCAUCAUCAUUGUGUUCCUUGAAGAAUAUUGCAUAUUUACAAGCAUCCAGUGCUGAAGUAUGUCCAUAUCAUUCAGAGGUUUUGCUUCAAUGCUGUUGCACUCAAUGUUAUGCUAAAGCUCGAUUGCUGUGGGCAACCUUUAUGAUUCAGUUCUCUUUUGUCUUUACCUAGUAUUUUGUCCCUAUCUCCCAGUUAUGCCUCUUGUAUUGGCCGUACCUGCCAAGUGAGGUUUAUGGUUUUGAAUCUCAUGAAGUGCCUUUAAACACCACUGAAGGACCCAUGUCUAUUAUUAGGUUCUGUCAUAAGUUUUGGAUAGUCUUGACAUGUCAAAACAUCAUUAUUGAGGAUAUACUAUUAAGCAAGAUUUUCAAGCUAUUGGUAUGGACCAUAUAAAAUUUUGAAAUGAUUGCCAUCAUUUAUUUUAGGAAUGCAGUGGAGCGAGUUGAGACGGUUAUACCAUCCCACAUGCUGUCCAAUUAGCUUCAUUAUCAUCCAUCUUAUCCUAUGUUGUUUGUACUUGGCAUUUUUGGUUCCAUACACAUGUCAACACAAUAUGAACCUGGUGUGGGUAUGAAAUACAAGUUAGGCACUUGAUGUGCAUCCCCAAAAUGUUACUGCGCAUAAGAAGGAAAACUUUUAUCACCCCGGAGCAUUUCACUCAUAAUGUUGUUGUUUGUUGAUUUGUUGAAUGCGACAAGAGAGGAUGA